GUGUCGCUAGUUAGCUAGGCCUACUGUGUAACGAGUGUCUAUGGUUAUUGACAUUUCCAACGUGUUUCUGUAGUGAGCAGAGUUGUCCGAAGCCGUCAAUCUGAUUUGUCCGUGGUGAUAUUAGUGACAGCGGUUAUUCGAGGGUGUCUCAACUAUAGUUGGACACAAUGCAGAUUUUUUUGCACAUGAAGUUCUGAAAUGCACGUGGAGGGUGGGCGCUUUUUUUAGUAUCAGACAAAACUGAAGCGUAAUGUUGCGGUUAUGGUUACUCCACUAUCGACCACGACGGUACCCUGCACUGGAGCUCAGGAGGUUGCGAAGUUCCUCGGCAGAGCCUCACCUGGAACAGGCGCCCAACUUUCCUCAGAGAAGAGUAAACCCACUCAACAUCCAGAUGAUGUCUGCAAACCUGCACAAGCAGAUAUUCCGCGGAUUGGAGCCAGUAUACAUACAGGAAGAUGUGGAGCGGAGUAUCAAGCACCUGCAGAAGCAUCAGCUUUGGGGCAAAGAAGCUGCGCUUCUUCCCGACGUGGAGCUGAAGUUGCCAGAAAUGUAUGGCAGCGACAUUGACGAACACUUCCGUAUUUUGGCUCAGAAGCAGAGUUUGCCUUACCUGGAGGCGGCCAGUCUGCUUCAGCUUACACAGCUGCCCCCAAUGCCCCAGACCUGGGCAUGGGAAGUGGGAUGGAGUCGCUAUGGACCGGACGGGGAAUGCAAAAGAGUGGAUUUUCCUGAGGAGAAUGCCUUGGUUUUUGACGUGGAGGUGUGCAUGGCAGAAGGACACUGUCCUACACUCGCCGUAGCUGUGUCCCCCUCUGCCUGGUACUCCUGGUGCAGUAAAAGACUGAUUGAGGACAGGUACACUUGGUCUAACCAGCUUACACCAGCUGACCUUAUUCCUUUGGAGACCUCUGCCAACUCCAUCCGACCCCCAAGGGGUACAUGGCUGGAACGACUGGUAGUGGGACACAACGUUAGUUUUGACCGUGCUUACAUCAAGGAACAGUACAUGUUAAAGGGCUCCAAAGUUCGGUUCUUGGAUACAUUGAGUCUUCACAUGGCGAUAUCUGGACUGACUGGGUUUCAGCGGUCCCUCUGGAUGGCCAGCAAGUAUGGCAAGCGCAAAGGCCUGCAGGAAGUCAAAGAACAUAUGAAGAAAAUGAAGAGACGGACUGAGGGGCCAAAGAUUGGCUCCUGGGAUUGGGUUGAGAUCAGUAGUAUCAAUAACCUGGUUGAUGUCCAUGCACUGUAUGUUGGUGGAGAGCCCUUGAAGAAAGAGGCCCGUGAGAUAUUUGUGAAGGGCAGCAUGACCGACGUGCGAGACAACUUUCAGGAGCUCAUGCAGUACUGUGCCCUGGAUGUGCUGGCCACUCACGAGGUGUUCACUCAACAGCUGCCACUCUUCAUGGAGAGGUGCCCUCACCCAGUCACGUUUGCAGGGAUGCUGGAGAUGGGGGUGAGCUACUUGCCUGUCAAUCAGAACUGGCAGCGCUAUAUAGAGGACGCUCAGGACACGUAUGACGAACUGAAGCAAGAGAUGAAGAAGUCCCUGAUAAGGUUGGCAGAUGAUGCCUGCCAGCUUCUGGAAGGCCAGAGGUACAAGGAAGACCCCUGGCUGUGGGACUUGGACUGGGAGGUUCAAGAGUUCAAAAAGAAAAAGGUGGCUCAAAAAAAGAAGGCCGCAGAUACAGCCAAAGAGGACAAACCACCUGCCAUUCCAUCAGUUGACUGGGAUGUGGAUCCUGGCCCCUUGUCUGAAGAGGAGUUGAAUGGUGUGGACCCCAGUAAAGAAGUGCUGGAAAGACUGAAGCAGACAGUCAGCUGCUUACCCAAGAGGAGACAGCACCUGCCUGGUCAUCCUAGCUGGUAUCGUAAGCUGUGUGUGAAGCUGUCAGAGAGCGAGGACUGGUCACCGGGGGCUAGUCUGAUCAGCCUGCAGAUGAGGGUGACCCCCAAGCUGAUGGGGCUGACCUGGGAUGGCUUCCCCCUGCACUACACGGAGCAGCACGCCUGGGGCUACCUGGUGCCUGGCCGCAAGGACAACCUGGACUCUGACGAGGAGGAACUGGGCCCAGUGUGCCCACACAGGGCUAUCGAAAGCAUCUAUAGAGAGUACUGUGAGCAGAAAGGCAAGGAGCAGCCCCAGUGUUUGGACACACCCUUGCCUGAUGACCUCAUGCUGAGUAACAGUGCUGUGUGGCAGACGGCGGAGGAGUUGGGUCGCCUGGACGAUGUGGCCGAGGAUGAGUUUGUAGUCAAAAGCAAGUCAAGGGUCAAGAAAGCCAAGGAGCUCAACGAAUAUGAUGGUCCACCAGAGGAAAGCCAGUGCCCUUAUCACCACGGGAACGGUCCAUAUAAUGAUGUCAAUAUCCCAGGGUGCUGGUUUUUCAAACUACCUCAUAAGGAUGGGAAUGAGAACAAUGUGGGCAGUCCUUUCUCCAAGGAUUUCUUGAGUAAGAUGGAGGACGGGACCCUUCAGGCUGGCAGAGGGGGCACAAAUGCCACUCGGGCUCUGGAAAUUAAUAAAAUGAUCUCAUUCUGGAGAAAUGCCCAGAACCGCAUCAGUUCCCAGAAGGUGGUUUGGCUGCGUAAGGGAGAGCUUCCUCGCACUGUGAGCAGACAUAAUGAUUUUGAUGAUGAGGGACAGUAUGGUGCCAUCUUGCCACAGGUCAUCACUGCAGGAACAGUGACUCGUAGGGCUGUGGAGGCAACAUGGCUGACGGCUAGCAAUGCUCGGCGUGACCGGGUGGGCAGUGAGCUGAAGGCCAUGGUGCAGGUGCCUCCAGGGUAUCACUUGGUGGGGGCUGACGUGGAUUCCCAGGAACUUUGGAUAGCUGCAGUUUUAGGAGAGGCCCACUUUGCUGCCAUGCAUGGCUGCACAGCAUUCGGCUGGAUGACCCUCCAAGGCAAGAAGAGUCAGGGCACAGACCUGCACAGCCGCACUGCAGAUGCGGUUGGCAUCAGCCGCGAGCACGCCAAGGUCUUCAACUAUGGCCGCAUCUACGGUGCCGGCCAGCCCUUUGCAGAGCGCCUGCUUAUACAGUUCAACCACCGGCUCAGUCAGCCUGACGCCGCCAGCAAGGCCCGGCACAUGUACUCGCUCACCAAAGGAUUACGCAGGUGCCAACUGAACGAGGAUGGGGAGUGGCUGCUGAAGGAGCUGGGCAUGGAGGUGGAGAGGGCCGAUGAUGGAAGUGUCUCCAUGCAGGAUGUGCGCAGGAUACAGCGGACAGCGGCUCAAGGUUCCCGCAGGCGCAGGUGGGAUAUAGCUGGGAAGCGUGUUUGGGCAGGCGGCACGGAGUCAGAGAUGUUCAACAAGCUGGAGAACAUCGCCCUCUCCCCUGAGCCAGCCACCCCUGUGCUGGGGUGCAGGAUCUCACGAGCCCUGGAACCUUCCGCAGUGGGGGACGAAUUCAUCACCAGCCGAGUGAAUUGGGUGGUGCAGAGCUCAGCGGUGGAUUAUCUGCACCUGAUGUUGGUCGCCAUGCGCUGGCUGCUGGAGGAGCAUGACAUUGACGGACGAUUCUGCAUCAGCAUCCAUGAUGAGGUGCGCUACCUGGUGUGUAGCGAGGACCGCUAUCGAGCAGCCCUAGCCCUGCAGAUCACCAACCUGUUGACCAGAUGCAUGUUUGCCUACAAGAUAGGCCUGGAGGACCUCCCUCAGUCUGUGGCCUUCUUCAGCGCAGUCGAUGUGGACCAGGUUCUGCGGAAGGAGGUGACUAUGGACUGUGUCACUCCGUCCAACCCCACGGGCCUCGAGCGCAGAUACGGCUUUGCCCAAGGUGAAGCCUUGGAUAUCUACCAGAUCAUGGAGAUCACCAAGGGCUCACUGGAGAAGGGCAGAAAGCAGGAUGGAGCCAGGACUAGAUCCUAACCAGACAAAGCUGCAGCAGGGUGGACGGGUAGAGAAGACGACACGAGCAUCCUCACACCUUCCUCUUCUUCUUCUUGGGUUCCUGACUCUGUUCGGGGGUCUGGGUAGCUGUGGUCUGAAGGAAGACACGCAUUAGGUGAGGCAGCCGUCAUACAGCCUCUUCACAUUUGUUUACUAGGAAGAGACCCUGGGAGGGUGUUUUCUUGGCGUCAGACCUGUGCACUUACCUGCUGACUGUCAGGGUCCUGCUGCUCCUGUAGUACGGCGUCCAGGGCCGCCGCGUUGAUGCGGAAGUCUCUGGAAGUAGUCAGUUUCAUGUACUGCAUCAGAUUUACCUGAAGGAAAAAAAAAAAAAACAUACAUCUGAUGUGUCCAUCUGAUACAUACACACACACUCUUACUAAGUAAGCACUGACAGUAUAUCCAUGUGAUGGGUGACAGAUGUAUGACGUUCUGUGUUUGUUUGCCACUACACUGUUAAAUAACCCAGGCGUAGGAUGCAAUCUGUUUGGAAAAGUGCCUACCUUUGACUUCUUGGAGAGGAGAAUGAGGAACUUCUCGUACUGCUCUAUGCUGAAGAUGAGGUUGGGGACGACUUUGGUCUGACGCAGGACCUUAGCCUGGACAGGGAGGGAAAAGUACACAGCUUGAGAGAACGCAGAGACUAUACGUAGUACAAUCAGUGCCGGAGCAAGAUAGGGCAGCCAUAUUGAAAACAGAAGUGGAGAUUCGGGGUCCUUACAGAUGCUGCCACCAUAGCAUCUUCUUCCUUCUUUUUCUUUUUCUUCUCGGCUCCUCCACUCCCCUCACCACUCUGGAAGAGACAGUCGUCAUGGAGAUUUCAUUCCAACUCAAUCGGAUACAUUACAAAAGACAAGUGUGUGUCUGUGUCUGAGAAAGAUGCAGAAAUUAAAGAACUAUAUAUUUGAA